AUGCCGAUUGUACCAGGAAAUUUCGGAGGUUACUCACCGAUCUACGACACAAACGCAAAUAAUGGCGGAAAAAAUCUGGCUCCAACUAUUCUGGACUUCGAGGACUUCGAAAUGGCAAUGGAGGCCAUGCAAAUAAUGGUGGAUCAACACCUCCAAAUGGCGGUUAUAUUGACGCUUCAGCUUGCACUAGUCUGCCUGAUGGCCUUUGCCUUUGCUGUGGCCAACCUUGGAUCCUCCUACCGAUAUUCCUGUAAUUGGAAUACAGGGCAAUAUAAAUGCACCUAUGUGCGUUGCACACAAUCCUUCGAUGGCAAACAGAAAUGCACAACGAGCGUUACAACAUCAAAGGGAGCAGGAGUCAUGGGAACUGGAACCUCUUACCGAUAUCACUGUGAUUGGAAUUCGGAAAGAUAUCAAUGCACUCACAUAAGUUGCACACAUUACAUUGAUGGUCACAAAAAUUGCACUACUAGAGUAAUUGGUAUACCAAAUUAG